AUGGGGCGGGCAAACAGACGGCCCCCGGGCACGGCCGGCGCAGCCACGGCGGCCGAGCCGCGCUCACCGGGGGCGCGCUGCCUAAGCGCGGCCUGGGCGUCUGCCGGGGCCAGCACCCUGCCCCGGACCAGCGGCACAACUGCGUCUAAGGAUGUAACACAGCGCCCAGCUACGCACAUCUGCGAUCGCACACCGCUGAGCGGGCAUCAGCAGGGGGCUGCGCUGUCCGCCCCCCGCGGGCUCGCGAGAGGCAGCCGGGACUCGCCACCAGCCGGUCACUCCCGCUCCCACAACGGCCCCGCCGGCCCCACCUUUCCGGAACCGACUACGGCUAGCUCCGCGGGCCCCCCGCUCCCCCUGCGCGCCGCGGGCCCGCCGUUAGCGCUGUCAGGCGCCGCUAACCGGCACUGCCCAGCGAUACCCGCGGUCACCCGGCGCUGCCCAGCGCUGCAUUACCGCCGCUCCCGCACCCCGCGCUGGGCCCGGCGCCGUUGGCGCGCCCGCCGCGUGGCGCGCGAGGCUGGCCCCCGAUUGGCCGCCGCCCCACCGCCCUCCCGCCCGCGUUCAAAAUGGCCGCGGCCGGCCAUCGCCACAGCGGGGCGGUCCCAUAGCAACGGUGCCGCUCCGGAGAGCUACCGCUUCCCUUCCCUGAAGAAAAACAAACAGACGGGGGAAAAAGGAUCCAAAAACAACCCACCCCCAAACACACAUACAGAAAAACAAAACGACCCAAACCGCAAAAAGACAAACCCGUCAAACAAACCAAAAGCCAGCAGUUCAGUGCAAGAAGAAAGCAGGCCCUGCGUUAGCAAAGCACACGUAUUUGGAACCAUUUCAGCAGUUCCACUGCACAAAGUUCAUCAUUUGCAUCCGAUUCACUACAAAGAUCUGCACAGCCUCAACUGCCAGAGUGGUCUACAUGAACAGAGGGAAGGAUUUGAUAUGACAGAGGGAAGGAAGCAUACCUGCAGAGAGAAAAUUCCUGUGGUUGAAAUACCUGUAUUAGCACACAGGGCUUUGCAUAUGAAUUUCUCUUACGACUACUAUCCAUUAGGACUGGAAUCCCAAUGGUCUGGACACUAAAUAGAAUUACAGAAGAAAUAUACUCCUAAACUGUUUAUACUUACGGUCUAUCCAUGUGCAUGACAAAACACAUCUGGUACUAAAGCAUAAAAAUAUGCAACAUAAAGCAGUCAAAUAGGACAAUGGGGACAACAUGGGAAUGUCUUCUCAGUAUGGUCAGCUGUUUGAAGUAUUAUAUCCAAUAAAAGCCUCCAUGUAGGACUUGAU